CAGAUGCUUCUGGACAGGAGAGGAGAUGGCCUGCAGGAGGUCACUGACCCCACCGCUGCUGCCUUCUGCCAUUGAAGCGGGGACAGAAGCCCCGGGUUUCUACUCCUGGGAGGAAGAGGAGCGGGUCCUGCACCAGGAUAGUGUGACGGUGCUGCGGCUGACUCUGCAGAAUGACCCGUCGGGCAGCUGGCGGGAGCCAGUUAAGCAGAAGCCAGUUGGAAAGGCCUUUGCCAUGGUGGCCAACAAGUCGACCAACAGUCACUCCCUGGCUUCAGAAUGCAUCAAAUCCAAUGACGGCCACGAGGAGAUCAUCAAGGUUUACCUCAGAGGAAGGGGUCAAGAGAAGGCAAAGCCAGAGGAAAGCAUCAGCCAGCUGAAGAGGGACGUCCGUUAUGUCCAAGAGGCUAGAACUUCUUUGAAGAACCUGCGGGAAGAGAUAAGUAAUAAACCUGAGAACCCACAAGGAGCUAAGAGCAGCCUGCAGCCUGCCCAGGUCACGCUGGAAAAACAGAAUGGAGUCUGGCACCCCGAGAGCUUGCAUACCAGCUCUGUGGACCAGGAGGAGGAUUAUGUGGGUGAAGACGUGGAGAAAAUCCGGGAGACAGCAAAGAGACUGUUCACGAGGCUGCAGGAAACAGAGAAGCGACACCAGUUGGACAGGAAAGCCUUUGAGACAACUGUGUCUCAGUACCAGAGAGAAGUUGAGCAAAACACAGCAGCUCGAGGGAGAGCAGAGGAAAGAGCAGCGGCGAAGGAAGCAGAGGUGGAGGAGCUGCAGCGGCUUGUGCUGGGCAUGGAAAAGGAGCAUCAGAGUCUGCUGAAGAAGAUGAAGGAAAGCGAAGAUGAGCUGGAAAAACUGAGGAGCCUGGAAAGUGAUCGGCUUACUGAGCAGGAGAGGUCGGCCAAGCUGGAGAAGGAAGUGGCUAUGCUGCGGGAGAAGAUCCAUCACCUUGAUGACAUGCUGAAGAGUCAGCAGCGCAAAGUCCGGCACAUGAUCGAGCAGCUGCAGAACUCAAAAACAGUGAUCCAGGCCAAGGAUGAGAUUAUCCAGGAACUCAGAGAGCAAGUAGCCCACCUGACAGCUGAGAAUCUGGAGAUGCACGAACGCAUUGAUCACCUGAUUGAGAAGCAAAUCAACCUUGGCAGCUCCAGCUUCAGCUCCCGGCCACGUUCAAAAUCGGAGUACGUGAGCAGCAAGAGUCUGGCGGGUCCCCUGAAACCCAAACCGCUCCCUCUCAUCAGAGUGGUGGAAACCUGAGCAUCCUGGCAUUGCUUUUGACCUGUGGGGACUCGUUUGCUGCCUCUGACCCGAUCUUCCCCCUUCCCUGCCAUUCUCCGGCUUCGUGGCCACUGCUGCCUCCCUCUGCUCACCAGACACGGAGAGAACUGUAGCACUUCAAGGAACAACGUGCCACCUCCAGCGCUAGCAGAGCUGCAAGUUAUUGAUGCUUCUGCUUGUCUCUGCUGGGCUCCAGUGUGCAGCAGGACAUGCUCGUUGGACAGGGCAUGCGUAGUGUAUCUGGCAGGGGCUGACCAAUGGGUGUACAUACAAGACUCCCUGAGCCCAAGAGCAUCCCUGCUACAAGUUUUCCCAGUCACAUGCUGAAGCCUGGUAUUGCUCUAUGAGGAGUCCUGUGCUACACUGGACUCCCACCUUCAGCUAACCAGCUAAGACUUCUGGUUUUCAAUCCUUCUGUAAAAGAUCUGCUUCUAGGCUCCUCCUAACAUGGCACGACACCACUUCCAGCUUGGAGCCUAGCGCACAGCAAACCCAUCUGCCCCAACAUACCGUCCUCGGAAAACUCAGCUACUCCCUUCUAUUCUGGACCCAGCAGAAGAGAUGCGUGGCAGUAUCAGAGCACCUAAGAUGCCUUUCAGCAGCCCCUUUCCCGAGUGCGUGCAGAUUAGUGGCACCCGUGGUAGCUAUUGAAGCAGCAGGGGUUUGGUUUGCACUUGUAUUUAUUCCAGUAAAUUAUUAUUGUCUCUAGAGUAGGGGCUAAUGCUGUAGCUUUCGGCAGUGUGUUUAGGGAGUGCGUGUUUCUUAGACAGAGUGGAAAGUGCUGGCUAGCAGGCUUGACUGCUAUUCUCUGACUUGCAUGUGAUUGGGAAAGGGAUGGGCUUCUCUUGUUCUACAUCAGCCACAGAGGAGCACUAUCAACACCCAGUACAGCCAGUGUGUAGAACAGCAAAAUCCAGUGCUGCCAAAGGCACCAAUCGAAUGGCUCCAUGCAGAAAAACCUGUGCCUUAACUCCUCUGUGUCCCAAUGAGCUGUAGAGGAUUGAAUAAAUUACUUGUACACA